CUUUAAAGCUGCGGGCAGGCAGUGCCUACGCACACGCGAUAGCGCGGGAUUCUCCAGGACAACUCUCCUUCAACUGUUUACAUAAAAGUGCGAGAAGAGACAUAAUAAGUAGAGAACCAAAGGCAGGAGGGAGCUAUAAUGAUGAAGAGACAUGGACUAUCAGCGUUCGAUAAUAACAGCCAACAGUUCACAGAACUGGGACAAUCCCUUAUAAGGAGGAAGUCCAAGGAGCUAUCUACACAAUUGCAACUGUUUAAGCAGAUUCUCAUGAAUUUCUUGGACGAACACAACGACGAACUAACAGAGGACCUGCAACUCCGUAACGAAUUCGUCAAGACCUGUUCACUCGUUGGUAUCGACCCCUUGAAGAUAUAUGGCAAGCAUACCAAGAUGAACGAGUUCUAUUACGAGCUUUGUUGCAGAAUCAUUGAAUACUGUAACUCCACAAGGGAUAUCAAUGGUGGGAUGAUAAAGGUCUCACAGCUACUGGCUCAACUGAAAGAGAGCGGUGUUGUCAAGGAGGAUAUCCAUCGAUGUGUAUCCAUGAUGCAGAUGCUGAACGAAGAGCUACAAAUCGUCACCAUCGGACACCAUGAGUAUUUGAAAAACGUUCAUAUUGGGCUCACAAAGGACCAAACCAUGGUCUUCGAUAUUGUGAACCAAAUAGGAUCGAUCACCUCAAGAAUGCUCUGCGAUAAUCUACAGUGGGACUACAUCAAGUGCGAACAGUUGCUACAGUCUAUGGUUAGCGAUGGGUACCUAUGGGUUGACGUGUAUAAAGGGAAGGUCCACUAUUGGGACCCAUCGUGGUCCGUCUAG